GUGGCCGUGUCAGGCCGUGCAAGGUCAGAUCCAUCUCACCACCACACUCACACUGGGCACUCUCAUGGGGCUAUGGACUGUGAGGUGUUUAGUCAUCACGCAGCUCACCCUCCACAUCCAGCUCACCAUCCCCGCCAUGUGCACCCUCACCAUACCCACCGCUGUCGACCGCCGGAUCCCCGCCCUCCGGAUACUGCUGGACGGCCACAACCCCAAGCCACGUCGUCCAGCAACACGGCAGUUGGUGGGGGAUCCUUGCCACCUACAGCAGUAUAUGCUGCUCAUCCAUACCUACCUAUGGCCCUGGACUGUACCCAGACUGGGUCUGUCAACCUGCCCUUGGCACCCAGCAGUGGAAGUAGUGCAUCAGGUCCUCCUUCUGCCCCAUACCACUAUCCUGGACUACCCACUUUUCCACCAUCUGCUUCAGGUAGCAGUGGGAGUGCUGGAGGGCAGCCAGGUAUUGUUGGUUAUGGUUAUCCAGGAGGUACAUUGGUGCCAGUAGUUUCUGGGGGCCCUGGUGUUAUGUAUGAUGGGGCACGACCACCUGGAGGGCAUCUUGAGCAGCCACAACCUCUGCCUAUGUCACAACCAGGAGCAGCGGCAGCAGCAGCAGCAGCAGCAGGAGCAGUGCGGGUGGGACACAGACAGAGCAGCAGUGAUGGUACAGGAGGAGGUGGUGGGGGCCCUGGUGGGGCAGGUGCAGGGGGUGAGGACAGCCCUAUGGUGGUGCAGCACAGCCCCCUAGCCAGUCAUUAACGGCUGGGCUCACCUAGCAACCUGCUCAACAGUGUACUGUGAACAGUGGGCAGCCAGGUUCUGGACAGUGAGACUGAUGAGAGCCUGGCCAGAGACAGCGCUAGGCCAGUGGCCGCACUGUGGUGCAGGACCGUGUGUGCCUGUGUGAUGUGAGCCUGUGACACCCAGAGUGGAGGCUGGCGGGACCCCACCCACUUUCCAACGCAGCUGCCUGGCCAUCCCCCCCUUCCCCAACCUUUCUCUGCUGGCACUGCUUUUAUCUUGUUAUUUAUUACCCGCUGGUGAGGAGGGACCGGCCGUAGGCUGCCCUGCAUGCUGGCUGCUGGGCUGCCUGAGGGCCAGGCUGGCUGCGUUGGCUAAUCCAGUCUCAGGAACUCCCUCCCCCACCGCCACCACCACAUCUAUACUACCACCACCCCUCCAUUUCCCCGUGUACCCCACUCGCCUGACACCCCUCAGUCAUCACUACUACUACAUCCACCACAACAUCCAUCACCACAAUGCCUACCAUUGAUGCAUCAUGUGCAGCAGACACCUACCACAAACCCAUUUAAUGUAACACCUAUUAAGCAUAAAUCUCAAUACUUUGUGGAUGAAUCAGUUGCUAGCAAAUUAUUACCCCUGACCUUUAUGGUACAUCUUUUAUGCAACAUUUGUCCACCUCACACUUGGUUGAUGUAUUAUUAAAUCAGCCCUGUCAUCCUCUUACACCUCUUGUACCGUAAUAUACACCCUUCUGAAGCAUCAGAAAACCAGCAUAGCUCCCUCACCCUUGACACAGUCUGGUACUUGAUUCAAGUACUGGAAACAUGCCUACACCCAGCUGGUGCAUCACCCACAUAACAGACAACUCCCCCACACCCAGCUUGUGGCCAGCUGGAGAAUGCUCAGUCAGAUAGCAGCUUUUAGCAAAUGUAGAGUAUAUUCCAUUCUGUACUUCAGAACCAUAACUAUCAAAAUAUUGUCAUAAAGAAGUUUGCAUCUUUUUAACUCCUGCUGAAUCUAUUGAAUUUUCUGUCUGACCUAAUUCCCUAUAAACAUCAUGCCAAAGACCUCACAAUACCUUCAUUCCUAUAGUGUUUCCUCACCAGUUGUCUACCAGUUUGUGAUUUGGGGGGACCCACCAUUGGCAUAUCAUUUGUGGUGAAUCUUUUAUGACCUCUUCUUUAUUUCUUUAUUUUAUGAGAGAGUAUUUGCUCACUUUUAUAACUUUGCUUUUUUUUAUAGACUUUUUAAGGAUUAUGGGGGUAUUUCUUUUAUAUACAAUUGAUUCCAUGGGUAUUGGUUUUAGUUAUUGAACCAGAUAGUUUGCUUGUUAAUCAUUUUUUAAAUUAAUUUUUUGUAAUAUUUAAAGAUCCAGAAUAUUUCCACCUAUAUUUUGGCUUCACUGUGGUAGUGAAUAUUUUAUAGAGCUUCCCUAUUUAAAUUUCCAGCACUUAAGUAUGUAUACAAGUGUUGAUCAACCUUAACAUAAGAGACGGGAAAGAUACCAGUAUUCUCUUGAUAUUUUUGGUAAAAUUU